CCGGGGGCGGACCCGAAAGUCCGGGGGCGUGGCCGGAAGCCGCCGUAGGCCCGGCCUCCUCCGCGGCGCGGCGCUGCGCAGUGAAGAUGGCGGCUUCCAGGUUGGUGUGUGCGGUCCUGCUCCUGGUUUGUUUCUCAGACUUGCUGCUGCUGCCUCCAUCUGGGGUUUGCGCGGCUGAGAGUCCAGCUGGGACGCCCGGCGAGGCGACCCCACCUCCGCGGAAGAAGAAGGACAUUCGCGACUACAAUGAUGCGGACAUGGCGCGUCUCCUGGAACAGUGGGAGAGAGAUGAUGACAUAGAAGAGGGAGAUCUUCCGGAGCACAAGAGACCCCCAGCACCUGUUGACUUCUCCAAGAUAGAUCCGGGCAAGCCUGAGAGCAUCCUGAAGAUGACGAAGAAAGGGAAGACGCUCAUGAUGUUCGUCACUGUAUCUGGGAACCCCACAGAGAAGGAGACAGAGGAAAUCACGAGCCUGUGGCAGGGCAGCCUGUUUAAUGCCAACUAUGACGUACAGAGGUUCAUCGUCGGCUCAGACCGGGCCAUCUUCAUGCUUCGGGAUGGGAGCUACGCCUGGGAGAUCAAGGACUUUUUGGUCAGUCAGGACAGGUGUGCUGAUGUCACUCUGGAGGGGCAGGUGUAUCCUGGCAAAGGAGGAGGAAGCAAAGAGAAAAAUAAAAUGAAGCAAGAGAAGGGCAAAAAGAAGAAAGAAGGGAAUUCAAGAUCACGGGCCUCAAAGGAAGAUAACCGAGCUGGAAGCCAGCGAGAAGACUUGUGACAGUGCUGCUGCUCCCCUUGGCAGAGGGACAAGGGACUCCCUUGCUGGUUUCAUGGGCGGGUGGGUGCUGCACACUUGGUGACAUUUUCUUGCCAGAAGAGUCUGCCACAUGACCAGUCUGGUCAAUGCAAAACUUACUGUUGUGAAGCUUCAAGGAUGGAGACUGUGGUUUUCUGAUUAAUAGCAGACACUGCCCGGUUCACAUUUAUUCCAGAGCCACCUAGCAUGGACGGUGACUGUGUUGCUUUUCCCAUUAGACCUGAUGAGUCAUUGAUCCCCAGUACUGCUGCCUCACCUUGCUGCUCUGCUCUGUUGGGUUGUAUCUGCUGCUGAUUUUCCACUAACCAAAAGACAGCAGUUUCUGAUCCAACAAGCUUUUCAAAUACUCGACUUCACUGAAUCACACUGUUGAGUGCAGCCAUUGCUUUCAUCACAGUGAAGGUAAAGUGCGCCACAGUGUCUGGAUGUGUCACCAGGGAGCUGGGCAUGUAGACCCAUCCAUGCAAGAAAUCUGGGUUCAGAAGCAGUGCCACUUGACCCUGGGUAUUUACUUCGGAUGUGCCUGCCUGUCCUCAGCUGGAGGGAACUCUUGCUGCCAUAUGGCUUCUUUACUGAGGACAGAGUGAGAUCGCUGUCAGUUGUGCAAGUGGGGACCAGCAGAGCCCUGAGCAGGCAUGGCAAGGACACGACGACCUCAUUUACAAUGUUCUAGACAUUUCUUUUGAUAAAGUGCCUAAGCUUGUGGUGUUUUUCUAUGAUACUAACUAGACAUGCUACUGUUCAUGUCUGAAUUUUUGCCAUUCAUAUAAUGGAGUCACUCUGAAUAAGAGGACAUUUAUAUGCAGAUGUCAUUUUUAGGAAUUUAAGUUCUUUGAAGAAAAACCUCAAUUAUGGUUCUAAGACAUUAAAAAUAACACAUGUAUGUGGUUAGAAAAUGUCACUGUUAAAGGAAGUGUGGUACAAAGCGGAAACUGGCCCUGCACUGCCCUGCCCUGCCACCAGUAUUUUGUCCCUUGUCGCAGUGGGCCCACGGCUCAUAAUAUGUUUCAGAAAAAAGAGAUCCUCACCAGCUUGCAGUGAUGUGCUUUUGACCGUGUGCAUCAGCCACCCAAACUUUGGUUGCUGUGCCACCGUUCCCCUCUCAGCCAGACACACAGUGCUCUGCAGGCUAAGGCCUGACCAGCCCAGGCCCAGACAUGAGACCCAGGCAGCCCUCCCUGGUACAUGUGCUCAAGUCCCCUCAGGAGCAAGUGUUUCUUGUUUCUCCUGCACUGUGAGCCUGGAAGAAUGAGAAGCUGGAGCAGCUGUGGCCACCCUGCUGUUUGAGGGUGGAGCUGACGCAGGCAGCAGGAGAAGCAGGUGUAGUACUGGCCCAGUGUCCUGCAGGGUCCAAAACAAGUCUUGUCUCUCAGUUUUUAGAGUAUUUUGCUAGGUUUUGUAGUCAUAACAAUCUAGGGUAGAGUCACUGCUGGUUAGUUGUUCUAAUGAAGCAGGAAGGAGCAGGGCCUCCCCACUGCCUUGCAGCGGUACCCACAUCAGCACACAUUUCUAUCCCUGCUUCCUGCCCCCAGGGUCUGAGUGCUGGGACAGACAGGUAUAAUCCUACUGUCCUAGAACUUUGGUCAGAUGCCCACAGCCAGAAGCAGGGGAGAAGUAAUGGGGCAGAAUCCCACUUGGGAGGCCGGAGAGCCCCACAGAGGCAUAGGAAUAGAGGAAUGAGCCAAGGAGAGCAGUCCGUGUAAAGGCCCAGUGGCUAGAAGCAGCAGAGGGAGGGAAUGUCGGCAGCCACUGAGAAGACAGGCUCAAGGAAGAGCUGGGUUCAAGAGGCAGGGGUGCACUGAAGAAUUGCUAGGAUUGGGGACCUCACCAUGUAAGGCAGAGUCAGGAGGGUCUCCGUAGUUGAGUCCAAGGAAACAGCAAGGUGAGGUCUGAGCUAUCCAUGGAAGGACACGGGUUUGCACUUUCAGGCUGCUAGGUUGCUGCAGUGAACUUUUUUUUUUUUUUUGAUGGUCUAUGCAGUUCAGGCUGGCCUUGAACUCACUACAGUCGUCCUGCCUCAGCCUCUUGAGUGCCGUGAAUGUUUUCUACACAUCAUUUCAGUGAACUUUUAUAUCUGGCAGGUUAUUCCUGGCAGUGGAACUGUUAAUAUAAAACCUGAGCAUUUUGGUGUUUAUUGCCACACUGUUCUCCUAGGUAGUCUUGUGAGUGUGGCCUGCCAGCAGUUGGCCUUCUGUCCUUGCCAGCCCUGGGCACCAUGCUUGCCAGUUCAGUGGGUCAGAAACCUGCAUCUUUGCCCCAGGCACUGGCAGAGCCCACAGGGUAACUGAGAUGCCAGGAGCCACUUGUGCCAGCCAAGUGUAGAUUUGGAGGUUUCAGUGCUUCCCGCCUCAGCCUUGUGCUGACACCCAAGGGAGUAGAUGCCCUGUCCCUCAAAGUGUGGACAACUGUGUAGACUCAGCAGAGCAAGACUCAGGUUUCUCAUGAGUUGGUCUUCAUGCUCUUAAUGUCUGGUGAUCAAGUAAAUUUGGAUGAUGUAAUCAGCUAUGAAACAUGACAACUUUACUAGAUACACAAGUCUUCCUUAUUCCUUCCUCCUCAGGCCCUUCACUGUGUGUCUUUUUGUGUUGAUGGGGAAUAAAUCCAAAGAGUGCCAAGUUA